UCAAUUUGACCAAGACAAACUUUUAAUAUAUAUUUAUUAAUCUAAAUUUCACAGUUAAGGAUCUAUAAAUACUCAACUCCUCCAACCCAACCUCAUUUCAUCAACCACCUCUCAAGCUUCUUCUGCCAAGUGAUAGAGAGACUAGAGAGAUGGAUGGCCCCAUCAUCUUCCUCGCCCUAGUUGCUUUAGCUUCCACUGCUGCCAUGGCUUCUGAUCCUAGCCAGCUCCAAGAUUUCUGCGUCGCCGAUAAGAAUUCUGCAGUCUUUGUUAAUGGCUUCGCUUGCAAGGACCCAAACACGGUCACCGCCGAUAAUUUCUUCUUCUCUGGUCUCGAUAAGCCUGGCAACACCUCGAAUGCAGGUGGAUCUAGUGUGACCCCUGUCGCCGUGGAUCAGAUCCCCGGGUUGAACACAUUGGGCAUCUCCUUGGCUCGACUCGACUUUGCUCCAUAUGGCCUCAUCCCACCCCACACCCACCCGCGUGCCACUGAACUCUUCACGGUCUUGGAAGGCAGCAUCCUUGUCGGUUUCGUCACGUCUAACCCUGGGAACAAGCAAUUCACCAAGGUUCUUAACAAGGGCGAUGUUUUUGUGUUUCCUCAAGGGCUCAUUCACUACCAGUACAACAUCGGUGCUACCAGUGCAUUUGCCAUCUCCGGGCUUAGCAGCCAGAACCCUGGAGUCAUCUUGGUUCCAAAUGCAGUCUUCGGAUCGACGCCGCCCAUCUCUGACGAGGUGCUUGCUAAGGCUUUCCAAGUGAGCAAGCAGACUGUUGACAUGAUACAAGCCAAGUUCUAAAUCAGAUUAAAUUAGCCAUAGUUGUUGUCAAUGCCUGUGUUUGCAUGCAUUUGACUAUUUGUUUGCUAGGGAAGCAUAACUUGUUGUAUUGGUUUGAAUUUACCUGU